AUGGGCAUGACAAGCAGCGUCAUGGUCAGUCUCGCGCCCCAGAAUCCUUCGUCUGGCCUUCCUGUCGCCAUUCUCUGGAGCACCAUCGCGUGCUUCCUUUUCGGAGUCCAGAAUUACGCCAUCGCAUACACCAACUCGCUGCCCGGCGACGACUUCUGCCGGACCGUUGGCCUCCUCUGGUUUUUCACUGGCGUGUGCGGCCUCGGAGCCCUUGCCCGCCACCCUCUGCAUCGCAUCUUUUUCUCUGAAGCUGAAGCGAAGCCUGGCCUCGCGGAGUCCCUGAUCGCACCCGAGGCGGGCACAGUGACGCUCCUUUCGAAGACUGCGACACUGGGCGGAGGGCUAGCCAUCGGCAUGGCACAGCUGUUCAUGAAGCUCAGCUUUGGUGCUGACCCAGACGCCGAGGGGCCGCUCGCCUCCGUGAUAUGCGCCGACGUCAUACUGGUCUCGGUGCUCUGUCACUUUGUGUACCACGAGUAUCUCAACGCCGCGCAGUGGGGUAGCGUGGCGCUGGUUUUUGCCGGCUUGAUCACGAUGGCCGGGGUCUUCGACGGUGGCGGUGGCACGUCCGUCUCACCGGUGGCCUUCUCCCUCGCCUUCGCCGCAAUGAUCUCUUUUGGUGCCUCCAUCUUCUCCGUCCGCGUGGCGGCCGUGGGCGGCAUUGCGGCGUCGAGCGGUUUUAUCGCGCGCACGCUCAUUCUGGGCGCCUUCUCUGUCCCGCUGCUGAUCGCUGCCCGCUGGGACUCGUCGAGUGUCCUAGGGAUCCUCAUCCCGUCGUCGUGCGGCUUCAUGCAGGCACUUCUCACACCCAUGCAGCUCGCUUUUCGCUAG